CCCCACAGUGUCCAGUGUAACGAAGGAUCUUCAAGAUGCGGCUAUAUCCACAUUCUACAUAGCCCUUGUCGCCCAUCGAUAUUGCAGGCGCGCCUGGGUCAGUCAGGAGAUCAUGUUGGCAAAGACCAUAUAUGUCGUUGCCGGCAAUGCGAUACUGGACGACUACACUUCACUCGUAAGCGCAACUCGGUCUUGUGCCCACGUGAAUCCAGAGAGUCACUUUGAGCAGUUCGCAAGGCUUGUGCUUGUGCAGAAAGACCACUUCAACCAGAAGCACCUCGCUACGGGCAGAAUCCUCAUUAGCGACAGCUGGAUUAAUAAUUGGGGACUCGUCAAUCUGCUGCAUCACUUCGGGGACAAGUGUUGCACAGUCAGACGUGACAUGGUCUACUCAGUCUUAUCACUCUCCCGCGAAGCUGAGACGAUCAAGGUCAACUAUUCAUCAUCGACAAUCGAGGCCGUGAGGAAAAUCUUGGAAGUAGGCAGGACUCCGUGUGUCUUUGCGCAGUGGCUGUCCUUGUGCGAGCCUUGGGGCGAGAGUCCUUCGCAGAUGCGGAACCCCGGGUGGGAACAUCUGCUCUUCGCGUCGACCUCCCCGUUUUGGGAGUCCAUUCUAGAGACAUUGGCCCUUCUACCCGGUGUCCUUUUUGUAAAGGUCCACUGCAGCUGGCUGACUCAAACGUCGACCUGGCAUUUUGUCUUCUGGCGGCCUGCAAAGAUUCAGGAGAUCAUCUGUACACGGAACUCGGUCCAGGAGGCCACAGCCUCUUGAAGCUAAGGUCGAUCGAUGGAGGAAUACCGAAGACCUUAGGUGAGAUAGGAGAGGAGAUCGAAAUCAUC